AUGGGUACGGCUAGGGACGCGUUGAGAGGUGCCCUGCUGCAGAGCACCAGCAGCAGCACUGGCAGCAAAGAACCGGAUGGCGUGCUUACGGCGACCCCGGACGCGCCUGGAGAGUGGCGGAGCAAGUCGACAUGUCUUGACUGCGUGCCCACGACCUCCACAUACCUUGAGGAGGACGACGACGGACGCAAGCCUAACGAGCUGUUCGGCAAGUUCACCUGGAAGAUCGAGCGCUUCUCUGAGAUCAGCAAGCGGGAGCUGAGGAGCGCGCAGUUUGAAGUGGGAGACUACAAGUGGUACAUCCUAGUGUACCCGCAGGGCUGCGACGUCUGCAACCACCUGUCGCUGUUCCUGUGCGUGGCGGACUACGACAAGCUGCUGCCGGGCUGGAGUCACUUUGCGCAGUUCACCAUUGCAGUGGUCAACAAGGACCCAAAGAAGUCAAAGUACUCUGACACGCUGCACCGGUUCUGCAAGAAGGAGCAUGACUGGGGGUGGAAGAAGUUCAUGGAGCUGUCCAAGGUGCUGGACGGCUUCACACUGUCGGACACCCUCGUCAUCAAGGCGCAGGUGCAGGUGAUCCUGGACAAGCCCGGCCGCCCGUUCCGCUGCCUGGACGCUCAGUACCGGCGGGAGCUGGUGCGCGUGUACUUGACCAACGUGGAGUCCAUCUGCCGCCGCUUCUGCGACGAGCGGCGCGCGCGGCUGGCGUGGCUGCGGGGCGAGGCGGGGCCGUUCCGGGAGUGGUGGGACGGGCUCAGCCCGGAGCGGCAGCGGCGGCUGACGGCGGAGCGAGGGGAGGUGCGCGGGGGCCAAGAUGGGGGGUAG